AUGAGCUCGACGCCUCGUCUGCGGUCCGGGUAUCCGACGACCCCGGCGACCGCCUCGCGACGCCAGCCUCUCCAAGAGACGCCCAGCAGCGCCGGCUCCGUCUCCUCCACCACCGGCUCGGCCAAGUCGCCGCCGCUGCUGCCCUUGGCCCCCGAAAACGCCGCCGGCCGCGUCGUCUCCCGCCAGCCCGUCAUCCCCCUCACCUUUCUCGAUGCUCCGCAGCAACGUCUCUACGCCUUCGGCCUCUACGCCCUACUCUGGGCAUGGAAGCUCUACGACUGGCUUCAGGUGGUCGAGGACGGUGACUCGUCCUGGUGGCUCUUCCUCAAAUGGAUCUUCCUCGACUUUGCCUUUCUCUUCGGCCUUCCCGAGCUCAGAAUACCAUGGCUCGAGCUGUCCCAGGUUGUCGUCACCACCUGCUUCGCCUCUCACCUCGUUCUCAACUACAUGUUGAUGUUCAACAUCCCGCUACCUUGGCAGUCAUGGCUCCUUGGCCUUGUCAAGGUGCUCUACGAUCGCGAACUGUCCAUUUCCGAGCAAAGCGUAAAGGUCUCAAACAUCCUCAACAACCACUCCUUGAUCAUGGGCAAGCAAAUCAUCAACAUCCUGCCCGAGGGCUCCGCCGUUCUCAACCCCGAUCACGUCCCCUACUGCCUCAGCUCAAAGCCCAAGGCCAGCGUCUCGCUGCCCGUCUACUUCAACGCCACCGUCCCCGCCGAAAUCGAGAUUGUCCGCCUCGACUUUGACAACAACAAGGAGGAGACCAUCAAGGUUUCGAGUCGUGAGGUCGGCAAAGUCGCCAAGCAGAUUCGCGAGCAGAGCGCCGACCCCAACACGGCUGGCUUUCAUUGGCUGUACCAGGUCAAGAGGCCCGGCGUGUACCGCCUCGGCAAGGUCUUGGACGAGUACAAGCUCGAGGUCCAGCGAGCGACAAAGAAUACCUACGUCGUCCCUUGCCCUCGUGCGCGCAUCAAGACUGCCGACUCGUCCCGACGAUGCAUCCGCGACUUGUCCGACCUGUCGCUCGAGGUCUUCGGCACGCCGCCCCUCCGAAUCAAGUAUCGCAGGACCAUCAACGGCAAAAACGAUGAUUUCCACUUUCAGAGCCUCCAGCCGGACGGUCUCACGUUGCCGCUUCUUCAAGCCUCCUCCAACGCCGUCUCCGGCCUCGAUGACGACUUCUCCUGGGUGCGCCCCUCCAAGAUCAUGGUCAGCCUGAACGAAUCCAUGACCACCUCUGGCGAGUGGCAGUAUUCAGUCGAGGAGGUCCACGAUGCGUUUGGCAAUGUCGUUGAGUACGCCGAGCCGGGCAGCGAGGCCGAUGCCACUCCUCCAAAGGGCCUUGCCCAAAAAUUCCUGGUCAAGGAACGACCCAAGGUCCGCAUGCGUGGUUGCGAUCUCAGAAACCCUCUCAAGGUCGCCAAGGGCCAGGCUGCCAGGCUGCCGGUCAACUUUGGCUUGUCGGGCGACGUGGCCGACACGUCGCAUCAGUUGACUUGGCAAUUCUCGCCCAUCGACUCCUUGACCAACAGCGGAGAUCACGGCGACAACAUCUCCGUCGGAAGUCACCUCGCCAAGAACUCUCGCGAUGAGCCGCGCGUCUCCGAGCCGGGUCUUUAUACACUCAAGUCGGUCUCGAGCGGCUCUUGCGAAGGCGAAGUCGACGAACCCUCUUCGUGCCUGCUUUUGAACCCGCUGGAGCCGCGCCUGUCCAUCCGAUCCGAGGACAUUCCUGACAAAUGUGCGGGCAAUUCCAUUGGCCUCCGCGUCGACUUGGACCUCGUAGGCACGCCGCCCUUCACCGUCAGAUAUCAAAUCAUCACAGACGACCACGUCGAAGACCAGACACACCACGUCUCCGGGCUGCGGUCGCAGCUCGAAUUGAUCCCUAGGACGGCAGGCCGUCACAGAUAUAGAUAUGUUUUCAAAUCCAUCGAUGACGCAGUCUACUCGGGCCUGCCCCUCGGAACAGAUCUAUUCUUGGAGCAGGUGGUCAAGCCCGCCGCCUCUGCCACGAUUGCGAACCCCGACAGGGUCAUCAGCACGUGUCUGGACUCCCAGGUCGGAGUCGAUGUGGUCCUCUCUGGAGAUCCACCCUUCAACCUCGAGUGGGAAACUGUCCAUGACGGGAAGCGAAAGACGGAGCGCGUGACGGGCGUCGAAGAAAACCGCUUCAGGAUCCAGACGCCUGUUUUCACCAAGGGAGGAGAGUACAUUCUGGCCCUCAGCAGCGUCCAGGACAAGCGUGGCUGCCGAACCUUCCUGCAGGAUCAACUCAAGAUCUCGGUGCGCAGACAACGGCCGCGCGGCGGGUUCGGAUUGGUGGAGCAGAAGACCAGCAUCAUGGCCGUCGAGUCCGACACGCCACUACGCCUGCCUCUGCGCCUCCAAGGCGAGGCUCCUUGGACCGUUUCCUAUCGGAACCUCAACGGAAGCGGCGAGGUAUUUACCAAGGUCGCCACCAGCGCCAACGACGUUGUCAUGGUGCGAUCACGCGGCGUCUACGAGAUUGUGGGUGUCGAGGACAAGCAGUGUCCUGGCAACAUCGACCCCUCGGCGUCCACGUUUCGGGUUGACUGGUUCCCCCGCCCACAAAUCUCCCUGGUCGGGACGGACAGCAUCACUUCGGCUUCGGGCGAGUUUACCAAGAAGGAGGUGUGCGAGGGCGACAUUGAUGGAUUCGAGGUCAAGCUUCAAGGUUCACCUCCGUACCACGUGCAGUAUGAGGUCAAGCACAAGCCUCCUCAGGGAUCGCACGCCAGUAGCCGAAAGAGCUUCGACGCCGCGCUCCCGAAGGCCGCCAUUUCCAUGGACACCUCAAAGGCGGGUGAUUAUACCUACAAGUUCUUUGGCCUGGCCGACAACCUCUACGACAGCGACGAGAACUUUGAUCCGCUGGUUGUCCAGCAGCGCGUCAACUCCAAACCGUCAGCCGCCUUCUCUAAGCCCGGCCAGUCGUUCAAGUAUUGCAUGGAGGAGCAAGAGCACGAGGACAGCAUCCCUAUGACUCUCACCGGCGUCGCACCCUUCUACGUCGAGAUCGAGAUCAAGAAUCAGGCAGGAUCUCCGCCCGACACGUAUCGCAUUCCCUCCAUCAAUUCCAACUCGUAUUCCAUGCCCAUUCCUCGAGAGCACCUUCGCCUUGGGACGCAACAGCUGCGCAUCCGAAGAGUGCGAGAUGCGCGGGGAUGCCAGCAAAAGUACGACAUUGGCGGUCCAUCCAUCCAGAUCCAGCUGUUCGACGCGCCUUCCAUCUACCCCUUGGAGUCGAGGGAGGACUUUUGCGUCGGUGAACGUAUUGCGUACACCCUCUCUGGGACGCCCCCCUUUGACAUCACGUACGAGUUCAACGGCCGCUGGAACGCCAAGUCACAGACGACAAACUUCCGCCGCAUCGCCGAGAAGCCGGGCGAGUUCACCAUCACCAGCAUCUCCGACAAGGCCAGCGAGUGCCGCGCCGCCAUCAACCUGCACAAGGCCAUCCACCCCCUGCCCAGCGUGCAGAUCAGCCGCGGCAAGCAGUCGCGCGUGGACAUUCACGAGGGCAACGAGGUGGACAUUCUCUUUGAGUUCUGGGGCUCCCCGCCCUUUGAGUUUACGUACACGAGAAGCAGCAACGUCAAGAAGGGCCACCGCAGCGUCGUGCUGGAGACGAGGCACGACAUCUCGUACGAGCACAGCAAAAUUGUCAAGGCCAGCCAGGAGGGCACGUACGAGGUGGUGGCCAUCAAGGAUAGGUUUUGCUCCUUUUCGACGCAGCAGGUCGAGAAGGCGGAUGCGCGGUGA